AUGGCUUCCCUCUUCGUGGCGGGACUGUCGCUUUUCGCCCUGACUUCUCGGGUGGUCAGUCUAGACAGCGAGAUUGUCUUCAAUGGUACAUGUCCUGACUACGUCGUCUACGCCGGUGAGCAUCAUGGACCAUACUCUGAAGGAGCCUACAACCUGUCUUUCCAGCGCCCUCCAUUGCCGUGCAGGACGUGGAACUCGACUGAAGUCGAAGACACCGUUGAACGCAUGAGAGACAUCAUCACCGACCCAGACCUGUACCGAGUCUUCCAGAAUUCGUUCCCUAAUACUCUCGAUACUGCUAUCCGGUGGCAUGGUGUGGCGUCCAAUAACAGUGAGGAGGAACUGACCUUUAUCAUCACUGGCGACAUCAAUGCUAUGUGGCUCCGCGAUUCCGCCAACCAGCUGCAAUCCUACCUGCCUCUCCUCACCGCCAACUCCUCUAUCGACUCGCUCGCAUCUCUCUUUCGCGGCUGUAUCAACCUUCAGUCUCGCUACAUCAACACAAGCCCGCACUGCAACGCCUUCCAGCCACCUGAAGAGGCUGGGCUCGGUGUGAGCGAAAACCCUUACUCCCAGACGGACGAAGUCACUCCACCUUACUCCAACCAAUCCGUCUUCGAGUGCAAGUAUGAACUCGAUUCUAUUUCUGCCUUCCUUCAAAUAUCCCAUCAGUACUACAUUACCACCUCCGACCUCAAGUUCUUCGACUCCUUCCAAUGGGUCGAUACAGUGCGCACGAUCCUCAACACCGCCUACGACCUCAUGAACGGCACCUACGCGCCCGAUGGUCAAGUGCUCGAGCAGCCCUACACUUUCGAGCGCGAAACCACAUCCGGCACCGAGACCCUCCCCAACGAAGGGCGAGGCAAUCCUGUUCGAGGCGGCACUGGCCUCAUCCGCUCCGCCUUCCGUCCCUCGGACGACAGCAGCAUCUACCAACUCUUCAUCCCCGCCAACAUGAUGUUCAGCUACUUCCUCUCCACCACCGCCGACAUCAUGGCCCAGCUCUCCCACCCUGACGCCCCCACCCUCGCCCCCGAGAUGACCUCCCUAGCCGCCGCCAUCCGCGCCGCCAUCGACGCCGCCGGCCUCACCCUCGCCCCCUCCUCCACCUCCUACUCCAACCUCACCCAAAUCUACGCCUUUGAAGUCGACGGCUUCGGCUCCGCCAACGUAAUGGACGACGCCAACAUCCCCAGCCUCCUCGCCGCACCCUUCUUCGGCUACGACGUCGCCGACCCACGCUACCAAGCCACGCGCGCCCACGUCCUCUCCGAGGUGAACUCGUACUUCAUGCGCGGACCCGUCAUCUCCGCCGUCGGCGGCCCGCACCAGAGCUUCGGCAUGGCGUGGCCGAUGGCCAGUAUCGUGCGCAUCAUCACCGCCGGCACACACCCCAGCCCGUCCACGCCACUGCGGCCGGACGGCAACGGCAACGGCAACGGCAGUGCAGCACCCGCGGCGGCGCAGCUGGACGCGGCGGCCAAGGCGGAGAUCAGGCAGGAGCUACGGCAGUUGGUGGCCAGCACGGACGGGUACGGGCUGAUGCACGAGAGCGUCAACAGCUGGAAUGAAAGUGAUUGGACGCGCCAGUGGUUUUCAUGGGCAAAUGGCCUGUUUGGGCAGAUGGUGCUGGGGCUGGAGGGGACGGGGUUGCUGGAGGAGAGUUACCAGCCUGAGUGA